GGUGUAUCAAUCCCACAGCGAAGAAGCUAGCUAGGCAAUAGAGGUGGAGGACUUCUCUGCCCGACUACGUUUUGAAUUACUUGCACUCAUGCUACUGCUUCACGAUGACCUACCCAGCAUGAAGUUUUCCCCAUACAACAAGAACCCUGACCACUAGAUGUUUUCUUAAGUAGUUGCCCCACGACCACCACCUCGACCUGCCUACUGUAUUUUUAGACCCUGCCCAACAUCCUCGAGAUACUUAAUAAAUACGUCCUCGCUGGAAGGGCGGUGCGAAGGCGAAUCGGCGCUGGACAGGGCGAAUAAGAAGUUGAACAAGUUGAAGACGUACGACCAUGUGGCGUCUGAGCUCGACGAAGAAAAGGUCGCGCGAGGACGACCCGCGCGAGAUGCUGGGUGCCCAGCGCUCCACCGAGCUGACAUCUGGGUCCACGUCCUCCGGGUUACCUCCGGCGGCACAACUGCAGAGAAAUCGAAGCCCUGGCGAAUUAUUAAUCCACCGUGGCCGAAAGAACAAGCUCAAGAACAAGCGUGAAAUCUACUCUGUUACGUCCGAGGCAACAAUGGCUCCUUUUCCUGCGGAUACAAGCGGCGGCUCGGACUACAUGGAGCAGCAAAUGCCGAGCCAACGAAAGUUUUCUCCCGCGGUUCUUCAGGAGGACGAAAGUGGGUUGAUGGGUUAUGCGCCGGUAGUCGUGCAGAAGCAGAAAUCGGAGGGGAGUGCAACUACAACCAGCGAGGCUGGGCUAGACAUGAUCUCGCUUCCGCGAUCCACUGGGUCGACGGGGAUAAGGAAAAGAGACAUAUUAAACAAGCGGCAGCAGAGCCAGAGAAGCAGCGAUGACCUAACUCCACCGGCACGACCACCUUCGGGAGAUGUUGCACCACGUCCGCGGUACUUGAGGGUGCCCACCCCCAACGUGGAUUUCCCCCGGCGCGACACAGGGAGUAGAAACAGUGUGGACGGUGAGAUCAGACUGCGCUCCUCUUUGAUGGGUAUCGGCAGGGAGGUCUUUGCGCGCAAACAGGGCGGGCGGCGUGCAUUUUUGGCCGGCGCUUUCGAUACGUUCGACGCCAUGCUGCGGAAGCGCGUGCAGACGUCGGCCUUGAUGCACGAACUGCCGGUGGGCGACUUUGCCUCGGCCGACAACGCCUCGGAACGCGUCUUCAACGCCGAGUUUGAGGACACGGCGCGCGAGAAGGACUCCCGUGACGUGUACGACCGGCUGUGCGGCAGAACGGGGCUCAGGGCGAAGCUGUACGAGGAGCAAGGGCUGGACGCGGACAAGUGGGCCACUAAACUUCUGAUGAACCGGUACUUCGACGCCGCCUUCGUGUUCAUCGUCUUCAAUUACAUCAUCUUCCUCGGGUCGAGCAUAUGGAUUGCAAAAAUGUCUGGGUCUGGAAAGUUGGAACUUGUAAUGCUAGCUUUACAACAUUCCUGGAAAAUCUGUAUUGCACAACCGACAAAAGCCGUAGCCAUUUUUGUCAUGCAAAAACGUAGUUUCUCAUGCGGACUGCCUAUGAGAAAGCGCUCCGGAAAGUUGUCAUGCUGGGCUACAUUCGGAAGUGUUUCCAUCAUGCACAUUUUAGCAUCACAAGUUUCCAGACCCAUACAUAUUUGCAUUUGAUAGAGCAGCCACGAGCACAACAGUGAUUGGGGCGCGCUUUGGUGGUACAUCGACCUGAGUUUCUUCAUUCUGUUCGUGCUGGAGCUGGCCGUCCGGGUCAGCUCCUACCGGAACCCGGCGCGCUGGCUCCUGGAGGGCACGGUCGCCAGUAACUGGCUCGACUUCACGAUGACCGCCGAGCACGCGUUGGCUUUGUUCGUGUGGCCGCGCGUUUUUGACGAGGGGCGGCUUUUCGGCAUCGGGGUGCUCCGCAUCGUGCGCUUCCUGAAGCUGCUGCGGUGGACCGAGAUGCGGGAGCAGUUCACGGUGGUGUACCAAGCGACCAUCGCGAUGCGCAUGGUGUUGCUGUUCGUCGCGGUGGAGAUUGUGGUGCAGGCGUCGAUCUUUCGGGUGUACAUGCAGGAGUAUCUGCCCUUCGGCACGUUUAGCCCCGGGCCGGAGUCGUACGACCUGUCCGGAGUGCCGGGAGGGCCGGCGGUGCACACUGCGUCACUGUGGGCGGCCGAGUACGAGUACCGCCAAGAUUACGAACUGCAGCUGGAGUUCAAGAGCUACUUCCAUACAGUGUUGACAUUGACCAGCAUGCUGUUCACGGACGACUCCUUCCGUAUCAUCCACGACCUCUUCGACAACGCCCCCUUCCUGGGCUGGAUGGCGCUGCUGCACUGCGUUUUUUGCGCCAUCCUGGUGACCAACCAACUAAUUGGCAUUGCGGCGGAUACCAUGCACUACGUGCUCACCGAGUUUUAUCCCAUGUGAAAAAAGUUGUCCGAUCUUCGCUCACAGGAAGUCAUCUAUUCUAUACAGUUCGACGAUACUUGGCAUGUAGAAAAUGCAGAUUGUCGCGUCCUCGUGGUCGUGUACUCGGAACGCAGCAUUUGCUCCGCUCCGCGUGAUGAAUGGUAUCCAUUACAUUCAUUCUGCUUCUGCGUGCUUCUGCUUUUGAAUCACAGGACAACGAGAAUAAGAUUUUGUCAUGAGGUACUAGGUCCACGCCAGUCGCCGAUCAUGAAUGGGAAUGGCUUGAUCAUUGAGUAGAGCUCCUCUCUUGAAGAUGUUGACUGUGGGCGGGCGGGCACGUUUUCGCGCGGGAUAGGUCGCGCGGCGGCCACGAGGUGUCGAAAGUCAUGGAACUGGCACAGCGGUGGUUGAUUUUGUACGGGGAGCCCGACGAGGUACUACACCAGGCGCAGCGGCUGGCGCUUGAGGACGAAAGAACGAGAAGCCAGGAGCUCCAGUCCGUGGCGCUCAUCAACGAAAGCCUCCGCAUCAACCGUGAUAAAGAGCGGCCAAAGGGCGGGGGUCCAGACGGAGAUCAUCCGUUAUUAAAGACGCCGACAGCUCUGUCGAAGGACGAGCGCGGGAACGAUAGUACUAUCUCGGUUCUUGCGCAGCUUCCGGCGCUGCGCGAAUCGCUCCAGAGUAAGGAAGAGAAGCAGGUCAACACGAUAGGCACUGUCUCAUUCAUGAAGAGGUCAUCGACCCAGGAGAAGGCGUUGCGAGAGAGAGCUAGGUUGCGCACCAAAAGCAGGGAAACCCCGAGUGAGAACGACCUGCCGCCGCUGUACUUGUCGGUAAACACUCUGCGCAGCGAUGCGGUGUACCGGGACGUCCGACGCGAGCUUGACUUGCCAAGAAACGUGUGGGACACGUUAGUUUACACAGCCCUGAUGCGCGAGCACCGUAGGUUGCGCGACUACCUCCCCGGAGGCAGCUAUUACCGCCCGGCUUCGGCCCGCGAGAACAAGGGCUCCUCGUCUAAGGCGGUGGUGGGUAGUACAACUGGUGGGCCAAGCGACGGCGCAGACGAGCAAGAGGCACUUUUUUUGACGCCGUGGGAACACGCGGAAGGGACUAACCAGAAUCAGGCAGAUGACUUGCGCGCUACGGAGGGAGGCUAUGACGUAGCGGAGACAGGAAAAAUGCAAAAUAAGGAACGGCUGUCUGUAAUAUCUGCAAUGAGUAUCGAUUCCACGACGGGCGAGGGUGGGUCGGUGAUACCUUUCGAGCCGCUCGUCAAUGUGGGACUGGGAGCGCAACAAAUAACGUCGCCCAUUGUCUUCCCCGGUCAGCGUGCUGCUAUCUCGCGUAGAAAUGUCCCUCGUCGUGGUCCUGUGCCUUACUGAUUUCAUGCUUCGUGUAGAUGUGCCUCCGCACGUUGAGCGGCGUCCUCUAGUCGCUUUUUCGUUUUUUCUUCGUAUGAUUGAAUUUUACGGUACGUAUACCAGGAGGCUGAGCAGGUGGCUUUAUUAUUGUCAAUCAUACAUUUCUAUUUACAUACUGCUACUGGUACUGCCGAAAAAUGAAAAUCGCAAACGCAUGGCAGGCCGAAACAAAGGUUCUUGCGCGGCAGAGCUGAUUCGAAGCAUGAAAACUUCAGGGUCGUUCUUGGGUGGACAUUUUUCCACGGUAUAGCUGCUGCAGCUUCGUUACCCGGCCUGCUUCGGUCGAAUUCUGGAGGGCCCAUCCCCGGGGGCCGGUCCACCGCGCGAGAUGGCGGGCCGAGCGAUGUUGACCGAGAAAGGAGUGCUGCAGAUGCGCCGUCGGCCACACGCCCGGCAGGUGUGGACGAAGAAGCGAGCGAGUUCUUGCUCGGGUCCGUCACGUAUCCCAUUGAAAGCCUUCGUCGAGUUCUUGUUUAUCGUCUGAAGUUCAUUUUUGUCAUGGAAAAACAAAAUUAGUAAAAAGUAGCUCCCACGGUGGAUUAUGUAUUGCUAUUGUCUGCGAAGAAAAAAAAGAUCGAAUAAAUUGAAGAGGAUGUAUGGCAAGAGGUACAUGAUCUCCCUUGUGCCCGAUAUAAAUCGAUCGUACAAGAACCUGCACUGCACCGCGUCAGCACUUUCUUUAGCACCUGCAUCGCCUCUGCCAUUUUGAUCGCCUUCCAACCACGGCAAGGCCCUUGCCGCGACUCCCCGCCGAGACAGGCUGCUGCCGCGCGUGCGGUGUUUUCCCUGUUGCGGCGUGGCCCCUGUAGUCUAGCAUCGGAGGCGCGGCCCCAAGGCUAGGCCGCCCCAAAAUCCCUCCGAACCGCCCCGCCCGCCCGAACCAGCCAGGGCCGCCGGCCUAAAAAGCCCCCCUGCAAGCCCCGGCUCGCCAGCGCCCCAAAUUGGGCGCCCAUUCGAAGCGCCAUUCUGAAGCCAUCUCAUUGGGGCCGCUUUCGGAGGCCUUUGGGGCAACCCUUGGUGGGCCACAAUGGCGGCCCGGAUGGCCUCCGGAUCACCCCCCCUGGAUUUCAUGCAAUCCCGAGCUAACUAGGCCCCCCAAGGAGGCCUCUUAAGAGGCCUCCGGAAUGGGGCCGGCGGAGGUUGCCCCGGAAGGACACCAGCGAAGGUCGUCGGGGCCACAUAAUCUCGGGCCCCGGGUCGAUUGGGGUGGCUUGAUGGCAUAUUGGCCAUCCGCCGGUUGCUUGGCGGAAUUCGGAAUAUUCGCCGACCGGAAGGCGCCACCGCUACUUGGCGCAGCCGGCGGCUGCGCGCUUCCUGUUUAAAGGGCGUCGCCGCCGUGGCCUUCUGUGGCCCGCCACGAAGGGGCCGGCCUCGCCUUGCCGGCGCGCCUGGCUCAUGAGGCGGCCGCGAGGCGCAUCUUGCCGGUGGGGCGCGUGGCGGCAUUGGUAUCCGCCCUCAUGCAGGCCCCAGCGCCCCGGCUGACAAGCAGAACCAAGCUGAGCGGCGCAUGUGGGGCGGCCGGGCCUUUCCGGGCCUCGGUGGGACUACAUGCAAGUGCGCCAGAUUUUGGCGGGGCUCGGCUAUUAAGCCGCGACGCGCCGCCUUUCCUUUGUUUGCUCAGAACUUUGGGCGGCGGGGGGAGGCGAAGCGGCCCCGGGGUUUUCGAAAUUGCAUCGCGGAAUGCGCCACGAAGGAUCGCGGCGAGGCAUUCUUUUGCGCCCCGUCCGAAUUGCCUUCCUGGGGCUCAGUGCUAUCGCAUUUAUGCGCGCCAGCUCGGGCGACCCUAUUCUCAUAUCGGCAGGGCAUUAAAAUCGGCGCCAAUGCCUGAAGACUAGCAAAAAAAAAAAACUAUGACUUUUGAAAACGCGACUUUAAGCGCGCCAUACAAGAACCUGCACUGCACCGCGUCAGCACUUUCUUUAGUUUUUUUUUCACGCCAAGCCCCCCCGGCGCCGGCCGAUGUUGCUGCGCCACUUGACUUCGCCUCCCCCCCAAUGUCUUCGGCAUUGUGCAGGGCGCGCCGGCUUGUUUCGUCUAUCUUGGUUCUGCGCAGGCGGCUUGACGGCGCGCCCUUGGAGAGGGCCCCCCGAGCAGGUUGCGCGCGGCCUUGCUUGGUAUUCUUGAGCGAGCCCCCCGCCCCGAAGGCUGGCGCCGGAAGGGCUUUUGUUUGUCUGCCUGCCGUGUUGCCGCCAAACAGGCAGCCGCCCCGCGGGGGGCCGCGGCCCGGCAUGGCGGGGCCACGGCUCCGGCGCUACGCGCAGUGGCUUCUCUUUCGGUGGGCCGGCCGGGGCGCAAAAACACCAAGGCCCCGGGGAGAACGCUGUGGCCGCCGGGACAAAGGAGGUGGCCCCCGGCCGCCCGGCCCCCACAAUGCGCAGCCCCACCGGGGCAGAAGAAAUACUCGCGACAAGGCCGCAGGCGGCGCAAACAGCCGCGCUGCCUUUUUUCAUUCGGAAGGGGCGGGCGGGGGUAGCGACGAAGCCGCCGCGCCACCCGUGCCGUUAGCAAUCCCAAGCCCGCGCGGCCCGGGCGCAUCGAAAAGCGGCCCGGCCCCCGGCCCCGCGCCACCUUGUGCGCCACGAAGGCAGGGGGGCAGGAAACAAAGAAGCGGGGGGCGCCCAGGAAACUCGCAAGGGCAGGGGCGGAAAUGGAGGCGAAACAGCGCCCGGCCCGCGGCAUCUCUUCUCUUGUGGGCCCCGAAUCGGCACCGCCAUCGGCCGGGGUGCUCGGCAUCGACUGGGCCCCGGGCGUUUUGCUUGGGGCGGCCGUUGUUUCUCGAUGGGGCGUCGCGCGCCGGCGCCGCCCCGGGACAAGAUGGCGCGCCAAACGGCGGGCCCGUGCAGCAGGGCGCGCAACUUCAGGAAUGGGGGCGCAGCCUGCGGCAAGUGAAGCGGCUUUGAAUCACCCCCGGAGCUGUGCUUUCAGGGUGUUGCCACGGCUUGCUUUUGGUCGCAAGCCAGGAAGCUGAAGCGCAGGGAAUGCCUUCGAAUGGUGCGGGCCCGGAGGUCUCGGAUAGGUGCCAGAGUCCUCGGAACUGCGGCGUUUUUUGCCGCGGAGGGGUGGCGCUUUGGCGCGUCAUUUUUUUGGGCUCCCGGCGCGCCCGAAAAUCGGUUUCGCAAAUCGCAUUUAAAAAGUGUUUUUUCAGGUUUUUGUUUCGAAAAAUCGAAAAACGAAAAUGCGCGUUUUGUAUUUUGUUACAGCAUAACAAGAACCUGCACUGCACCGCGUCAGCACUUUCUUUAGCAAGGAGGAUUCUUUUCAAAUUUCGAUAAGUGGCUUCUCACUUUCCAAAUUUUGAAAAGAUGUUGAAGGAGACAUCUUUUCAAAAUUUGACAACCCGAACAACGCAAGUAUCAAAUUUUGAAAAGAUGUCUCCUUCAACAUCUUUUCAAAAUUUGAUAGGUGGCUGCUCACUUUCCAAAUUUUGAAAAGAUGCUGAAAGAGACAUCUUUUCAAAAUUUGACAACCUCAACAACGCAAGCACUUGCUUUGUUGAGGUUGUCAAAUUUUGAAAAGAUGUUUCCUUCAGCAUCUUUUCAAAAUUUGACAACCUUUUUGACAACCCCUUCGAUGAGGUUAAAAAAGAGCUCAUUAACUUGAGCUAUUCCCCACGGUAUGGUGGAUUUUUAUAAACCUUUUUGGCAACCCCUUUGAUGAACCUAGACAGAGAAUUGCUGACGAGAGUGCAAGGCUUUAACUUGCGCUCCGGCUGGCGGGUCGCCAGAUGGUAAGCAACGCCGUGCCUCUGGCGACACCUGUUUGCUUGCCUCUUUUGUGGCUCCGAAGAUUGCGAAGAUGCCCCCUCAGCAAGUUUGCGAAUUUUGAAAGGCACGCAGAAGAGUAGGCUGCUCACCCUUUCCGCGGCUGUCGAAAUUUGAAAAAGAUGCGCUGGUAGCAUCUUUUCAAAUUUUGGAAGCCACAGAAGACUGAGCUGACCUCCCUUUGCGUGGUUUCUCAAAUUUGAAAAGAUGCUCCCUCGGCAUCUUUUCAAAUCCUGAAAACCACAGAGCAGCCAGCUGCCCUCCUCGUCUGCGGCAUGUCAAAUUUGAAAAGAUGCUCCUUCAGCAUCUUAUCGAAUCUUGGCAACCUCAGGACAGAAAACGGAUCGGCUCUUCUGCGGCUUCGAAGAUUGAAAAGAUGCUUCUUUAGCAUCUUUUCAAAUUUUGAAAACCACAGACGAGUAAGCCGACCCCGUCUUCUGCGGCUUCAAAAAUUGAAAAGAUGCUCCUUCAGCAUCUUUUCAAAUUUUGAAAAGCACAGAAGAGCAGGCGACCCUCCUUUUUAGCGCCUUUUGAAAUUCGAAGAGAUGUUCCUUCAGCAUCUUUUCAAAUCCUGGAAACCACAGAAGAGUAAACUGCUCGGGUCGCCAGUGGCUUCGUUAUGGAAAAGAUGCUUCUACAGCAUCUUUUCAAAUUUUGCAGACCAAAGGCCACGCGCUUCAGAUUUGAAAAGAUGCUGAAAGGGCAUCUUUUCAAAUCUCAAGAACCACAGGAGAGCACAGCAGCGCUUUCGUCUGUUGGUUUUCAGAUUUGAAUAGAUGUGCCCCGAGGCAUAUUGCCCCGCUUCAGCCGUGUCCACAUUUGAAAAGGUUGCGCCAUGAAACACGAGCCACCUCGUCAGGGGUUGCUCGCUCCUCAGGUCUCACGGAUCUGCCGACCCCUUUGGCUUCUCGGGCAGCUGUGGUCUGUGCGCGCCUCCCUAUUCUACCGAGACCUCCCAUUCCAGCUGGGUUUUCCGAGUUUCCCAGCCUACGCCGCCUGUCCUCAUUUUAUUGGGUGCGCGCAAAGUCCUGAACCGCUAGGGGUUUGGGAAGCUGCGCAGAAGAUGCGGCGGGCGUUGUUUGCGAAUCAGGCCCAAGCCAGGCCGGGGCUGAUAAGAGGGGGGGCGCAGCCUUUCGCUUGGCUACGCCUUGUCGAAGGUAAAUUGGCCAGGGGCAUUUUCCGCGUUUGUCGCUAUUGCCGGGAGCCUUUCCUUACCUGCGCAAGCAGAGGCGCGCUCAGGGCCCAUGGCCUCAUAUGAUUGGGAGGCUCGUUUGGGUGGCUUUUCUCUUUGGGGUGUUUGGCUUGCGUUUCUGCCCAGGGCCUCGGGGCAGAAAUAGAACAGCCCGGCUUGGCGCGUUUGCAAAGGCGGACGCGCAGCCGCCAUCGAAGAGGCGCUACGCGAUAAAUGGCGAGGGCGCCGAGCAAUCAACAGGCCAAAAUUUGAAAAGAUGGGCGAAAACAAAGGUGGAUAUUUUAGGGCCUUCAUAAAUCGAUCGUACAAGAACCUGCACUGCACCGCGUCUUUCUUUAGCAAGGAGGAUUCGACUGUUUUCAACGGGAUACUUGGUUGAGCAGUCUGGGGUUGGUGAUGUUGGAGCGGGUGCGGCCGGUGAACAAAGACGACAUUUUCACCUUGCAGCGGCUCACGGACGAGUCUUGCCGCAUGCUCGAGCGUGCGCAGAACCACUUACUUCACGCACACGAGCAGUCCCGCGACCUCAUAAUAACACAGAUGGCGAUGAGUAGAUCCUCUGGCCCGCCAGCGGCCGGAGCGGCCCGUGGCAUGUCGCAGCUGCGGACUCCCGAGGGCUCAGCUGUUGUAGUAGGAAAUAGGUUCUUUGAGCGAGUGUCGACCCGAACCACAAAGGACUUCCAGCAGCAGGCGUCCGUAGACGGAUUCAAAGUACAAGCGAUGCAGCGGGAAGAGGAGGAGCGUUCGACCGUGUCCGAUACAAUCAGUAUCGAAAAUCUGGACUGAGAAAAUCAAUUCGACAUGGAAGAUACGUCUUUCUAAGUUUUUUCUGUAGCUACGUACUACGCUCAUGAUAAUCUAUCAGUGCUGUUUAGAACUAGAAGCAUUUUUGGAAGAUGGAGUUUCGUUUUGGUUUCCAAUUGACUGCCUCAAGUCCUCAGCGAGGAUUACGCAGAUACCCUUCGGUGGUUGUAAACUGGAACUUG